AUGAGCUCCCCUUGCCCCUUACUAGGGGCAGAGACCCCCUUGGGGGUUGACCUUCCCAGCAUAAGUUGCUGCUGCUGCUGCAGCAAUGCUGGCUGCAGCAGCAGCCGUUGCUGCGUCCCCCAGUACGAAGAGCAGCAGCAGCAGCAGCGACGCCGUUUUAUCGGUCUUGAUGUGCCCCCCUCACACCACAUCUCUCUCGAGCUGAGGCCACAGGAGCUGCUGCUGUGGCUGACGUCCCCUCCGGCGCCGCAGCUUCCUGCGGAGGAUGCAGCAGCUGCAUCAAUUACAGCAGCAGCAGCAGCAGAUACAGCAGCAGCAGCAGCAACGGCAGAUGCAGCAGCAGCAGCAGAUGCAACGGCGGCAGAUGCAGCAGCAGCGGGUGCAGCAGCAGCUGCUGCACGAGGCCGGCUCAUGGGCAGGAUCCAGCUGCCGCUGCAGCUCAAUGUUUCAAGUGCUGCUGCUUCCGUUGUUGCUGCUGAAAGCAGCAGCAAGACAGCUGCAGCAGCCAGCAGUAGCUGCUGCAGCAGCAGCUCCUAUAGCUGCAGCAGCAGUACAGUAAUUGCUGUGGCAGCAUUUCUGGAGGGGAAGCAGCAGCUUAUUCGGCUGCUACUGGCUCUGGGGUGCUGCUGCAGCUGUUCGACAGCAGCAGCAGCAACAAUAACAGCAGCAACAGCUGCUGCUGCUGCUGCACAGCCACAACCCCAAGGCCCGCAGCAGCUGCCUAGUGUAUCCCUUUCAAGUGUAUAUACAGCGUGCCUCUGUUGGUGCUUAUCACCAGCAGCAGCAAAAGCAGAAGCAGCAGCAGCAGCAGCAGCAGCAAACGAACUAGAUUAUGGUAGUCCUCCUCCCCUUAAGAAAAGGCGGUCUGCUGCUGGAGCAGCAGCAGCGCCUGGAGGAACAGCAGCUGCUGCAGCAGCAGAUGCUGCUGCUGCUGAGAGGCAGCAGCAGCUUUUCGUCAUUGGAGCAGAUCGGCUGCUGCUGCAGCGUGCUGCAGGAGCGCCGCUGCUGCUGUCGCUGCCGCCCACUCCGCGUGGUGCUGCUGCUGUUUUUGCAGCUUGCUGCUGCAGCAGCAGCAGCAGCAGCGGCGACGAUAGCUGCUGCCUCCUUCACAGCGCCUGGAGGGAGCAGCAGCAGGAGGAAGAAGCAGCAGCAGAUGCAGCGAAGCGCUUCGCGUACUGCAGCAGCAACGGCAGCAGUUGCUGCUGCAGCUGCUGCUGCAGUGCUGCUGCUGCAAAGGCCCCAGUGCUGCGCCCCGCAGGGGCCCCACUUAAGGGUGCAGGGCCUCCAAAGGCGGAGGCGCUGCUGCUAUGCCUACAGCAGCAGCAGCAGCAGCAGCAGCAGGAAGAUGAGGUGUUCAGCAGCAACGCUGCAGUUUCCUCUGAGCUGCGGUGUCUGUACAGCAGCAGAGGCUGCUGCUUCUCCUUGGGGAGGCUGAGGGCUGCUGCAGCUCUGCUGCCGCGUGCUGCUACUGCUGCUGCUGCUGCUGCUGCUCGCUUCCCACUCCGACUGCUGUGGGGACAGCAGCAGCAGCAGCAGCAGCAGCAGCAGCUGACGGUGCUCUGCAUAACAGCAGUUCCAACUGCAGCAGCAGCAGCCACGGCAUCAAGGUAUUUCUGCAUGUUCUGCGUAGCGCCACGACCUGCUGCUGCUGCUGCUGCUGCUCCAGAGAAGACAGGGGAAGGUGCAGCGUGGCUGCUGCUGCUGUGCAUCUCCCCACGCUCUGCAGCAGUUGUAGCUGCUGUGUCAGUGCAGCUGCAGCAGCAGCAGAUGCAGCUCUCCGCUACCCCAUGUCUCUUGCUGCUGAGCUCAAGCGGCAGCAGCAGCAGCAGCAGCAGCAGCAGUGGCUGCUUGCUGCUGGGGCUGCAGAGCUUCUUGUUGCUAUCUUUUUGCUGCAGCCCCCAAGCGCAUAUCUCUGUUUCGCGCCGCGGCACUCUUCCUGUUGCUGCUGCUGCUGCUGCUGCUGCUGCCUGCAGCGGCAACAGCGGCACUGCGCUGCUGGUGGGAGACACGCUGUGGCUGUGUCAGCCUCAGCAGCAGCAGCAACAGGAGCAGCAGCAGCGGCAGCAGGCUCUACUGGCUGUGAACCUUGCAGCAGAGCCUCCGGUGCUGCUGCCGGUUCUUAGCAUGCCGCAGCAGCAGCAGCAGCAGUGGCGCUUGGCGCUUUGCUGCAGCCUUCUCUGGCGGCUCCGGGGGCAGCUGUCCGACAGCAGCAGCAGCAGCAACAGCAGCAGUUUGCCGCAGCAAGCCGAGGAAGAGGAAGCAGUGGAGCUGCUGCUGCUGCAGGUGGCGAGACACUGCGUGAAAAUCCUGGGAAGAGGCAGAGUUUGCUGCUGCUUGCUGCAUGCGCUGCAGCCGUGUGGCAGCAGCUUAGAUGCUGCAGCUGCUGAGAGCCUGUCGGCGAGCAGCAGCAGCAGCUGCAGCAGCAGCAGCAGCAGCAGACGCAGCAGCAGCAGCGGACGCAGCGUCAGCGAGAGCAGCAGCUACUACACCGUUCAAAGCUCUGCAGAAGAUGAUCUCCUGAGAAACGGCAGCAGCAGCAGCAGCAGCAGCAGCGACUCCCGCAGCGCCUGCUGCUUCCCAGGGCCGUCCGCCCUUUCUUUAGGGGCUCUUAGGGCCCUCCGCAGCAGCAGCAGAAGCUGCUGCUUCAGGGAUCGCCUGCUGCUGCAGCAAGCAGCAGCCACUGCUCGGCGAAUUGCAGCAGCAGGAACGGCAGCAGCAGCAGCAGGAACAGCAGCAGCGGGAACAGCCGCAGGAACAGCAACAGGAACAGCAGCAGAGGACUGGGAAGUGACGCUACUGCAGCGGGUUCUGUGGGGCCUCACUAAGCAGGCAGCAGCAGCAGCAGCAGAAACAGCAGCGGCAGCAACAACAACAGCAGAGAGGCUGUUCUUAGGAGAUGCUGCAGGAGCCGCAACGGCAAGCGCUGCAGCAGCAACUACAGCAGCAGGGCCGCUGCUGCAACGUGCUGCUGUAAGUGCCUGUGUUUCCCUGCUGCUGUGGCUGGCUCAUCAGCAGGAGGAGCAGCAGCAGCAGCAGCUGCUGCUGCUGCCGCUGCAGCUGGGAGCCUCUGAGGUGUGGGGCCGGUUCUUACAGCAACAACGGCAAGCCCUCAUGCCGAAAGCAGUAGCAGCAGCAGCGGGAGGUGCCACUGCUGCUGCUGCUACUGCCUUUUCCUCUGCUGCAGAGACUUGGCCGCUCGCUGCUAUUUUCCCUCCCACGGCGCAGCAGCAAGCGUUGGAACAGCAGCAGCAGCAGCAGCAGCAGCCCCAGAUACAGCAGCAGCAGCAGCAAAGCAACCAAACAAGUCCUGCUGUCCCGCUGUUGCUGCGUGACUCGGGUGUAUGCACUGUGCAUGCGCAGCUGCAGCACGGGGAGCUGCUGCUGCUGCAGCAGCAACCGCUCGUCGCAGCUCUGCAGGAUUACUUGCUGCUGCUGCUGCUGCCGCAGCAGCAGCAGUGUGUAGAUUUGAUGUUGGCAGCAAGCGAGGAGAAGCGGCAGCAGAGGCUGCAGAGGCUGCUGCUGCUGGACCAGCUGCAGCAGGUGCAGCAGCGGCAGCAGCGGCAGCAGCAGCAGCAGCAGCAGCAAACUGAACUCUCUUCAGAUGGACCUAUGAGCAUUCUUGCUGCCAGAAUGCUGCAGCGGGGCAGCGCCUUGUGUCUUCUUCUCUCUGGCUGCAGCAGCAACUUGAACUCAGCGCAGGCUCGCCCGCAGCUGCAGCAGCAGCUGCAGCAGCAGCAGCAGGAACAUCAGGUGGCCGCCGUGCUGCAGCAGCACCUGCUGCUGUCCUCUUCACCAAUGUGGCGGCUGCUGCUUCUCGGUUUGGUGCAGCAGCAGCUCCAGAUGCGCGAAGGCACUAGUGUGGCAGCCACUUCUACCGCAGCAGCAGCAGCAACAGCAGCAGCAGCAGCAGCAGCAGAACAGCCUCUUGUCCCCUCGGCUGCUGCUGCAUGCGCGUCCCUCUCAGCCCGACUUUGCCGGCAGAUUUCUAGCGCAAAGAGCGAGGGCAGCAAAAGCGGCAGCAGCAGCAAGGGCUCGAACGCUCAGCAGCAGCAGCAGCAGCAACAGCAGCAGCAACAGCAGCAUAAGGGCGACGCAGCAGAUGCUGCUGUGGCUCGCUGCUUUUUGCCCUUUUGGCUGCCUGCAUACAGUUCAAGCUGGCAAGAGUGCCUUGACAGGGACUAUGCACAGCAGCAGCAGCAGCAGCAACAGCAAAAGUUGCAGCAGCAGCAGCAGCAACGCCUUCGACAAAGACAGCUGGCACAACUUGUUCGUUUUGCUGCUGCUGCAGCCAGCGCCACUCAUGCCGACAGAAUAGUGGGGGAGCAGCUGCUGCUCGCGGCUUCUUGGCAGCUGAAGCAGCAAACGCAGCAGCAACAACAGCAGCAGCAGCAACAGCAACAGCAGCAAUCCCGUGAGUGCCUCGAGACGCAGCUGGAGCGGAUAAGAGAAACUGCGGAAUGGUUUAAAGGCCUUUGUGGGGCUUUUGGUGGUCCAUCUGCUGCUGCUGCUGCUGCUGCUGCUCCUUUUUACUCCACAGCAGCAGAAGGUCCUAUACACAGCAGCAAGUCCCCAAAGGCAGCGCUGCUGCUGUUGCUGCAGCAGCAGCAGCAGCAAGUGAUGCUGCACAAGGGCGCAUGCGGCGCAGGUGCUGCUGUACUUAAUGCACUCAGUGCCUCUUGUGCUGCUGCUGCUGAGAGGAGCGAAGCUGCUGAGGCGUUUCUGCUGCUGUUCCAGCAGCCUGUGUCUAAGGAGCUUCAAAUGCUGCGUCUGUCGCUGCAGCUGCUGCUGCUGCAGUCGCUGCAGCGCAGCAGCUCCAGCAGCAGCACUGGCAGCAGCAGCGUAUGCCUGAAUUUGCCUGCUGCAGCAGCUGCUGCUGCAGCAAGGGUCUCGGGCGCCAUGGCCGUACUGAAGCAAGCAGUGGACAUGUACCUGCAGCACGCAGAGCCAGCAACAGCAGCAGCAGCAGCAGCAACAGCAGCGGGAGCAGCAGUAGCAGGGUCUGCACUAAUGGAACAAUGUGGAAAGCUGCUGCAGCAAAUCCCCGGAAGCACUCUAACUGUUCCCCCAGUGCUGCCGCUGCUGCUGCUGCCGCUCACAGGCGGCGGCGAUUUGCGGCUGCCGCAAGUGCUGCUGCUGCGUGCUGCUGCUCCGCGGCCGCUGUCUCCUGCGCCAGAGCCUGCGCUGCAACAGCAGCAGCAGCAGCAGCAGCAGCAAGAAGAGCAGCAGCAGGAUGGGGUGGCGGCUUCAAAGGGGCAGACAGCUCUGCUGCCGCAAGCCUUUCUUGCGGCGCACCAGCUAAAGCAUCUCCAGCAACAACAGCAGGAGCUGCUGCUGCAGCAGCAGCUGCAGCAGCAGCAGCAGCAGACGGAUCUCAGUGAAGAGCAGCAAGCUCCGACGUCUGAUGCUUCUGACGUCACUGCAUGCAGCGAGGAAGAGGAGCUGCAGCUGCCGCUGGUGGAGGAGCAGCAGCAGCAGCAAAGCCGCACAGUCUCCGCCUCAGAGGCGCUGCAGAUAUCAGCUCUUGCGCAGGCUCAAUGCCUUCUAGCCUCAGUUGACGAAGCAGCUUAUUCGCCGCUGCUGCCUGCAGCAGAGACAGCAGCUCGCCUUGCAUUCCUUGGAGAGCUCUCAGCAGCUGUUCGUCUUUGCUGCUGCUGCUCACUGAACCCUUUGGGGGCCUUCCACGCUUUUAUUUACUGCGCUCUGAGAUCCACAGCAAAAGGAGAGGCGGCACAGCAGCAGCAGCAGAAGCAGCAGCAGCAGCAGCAGCAGGGUAGACAAGAGCGCAGCCGAUGGGAUGAGUUGCUGCUACACCUCGAGAGACACUGGAAGCUCUUGGCAGCAAAAGAUGCGUCGCUGCAGCCUUUUGCCCUUGUGGGACUCAAAGGAGCUGCUGCUGCUGCAGCAGCACCAGCAGCAGCAGCAGCAGCAGCAGAGCGUGCAAAGGCCCAGCGACUUUUCGCAGCGCUGCAGCAGCAGCUACAGUCUCUUGCUGUUCUUUUGGGGCCUCAGCGAAUACCUGCCCAAGUCCUGGCAUUUCUACAAGACAAACUCGACGAAGAAGGUGGGCUGGCCCGUCUGCCGCAGCUGCUGCUGCAGGGCCGCCUGGAGGCAGCAGUGCUGCUGCUGGAGAAGCACGUAGCAGCAACAGCAGCAGCAGCAGCAGCAGCGGCAACAGCAGAUGGCAUUAGGCAGGAGGCCGCGCUGAGAGAGCAGCGAGAGGCGACACGAGAGCUGCAGAUGCAAGCAGCAGCACUGGCCCAGCUACGCACUGCGGUGCUGCAGCAGCAGCCGCUGCUGCUGCCUCGGCUGCAGCAAACCCUCCUCAAAGCGGGGAAUCAGCAACAGCAGCAGCAGCAGCAACAGCAGCAGCAGCAGCAGCAGCAGCCCCGCACAUCUGUUUGCCGUCCUGAGCCGCUGCUGCAGCAGCAGGAGCAGCUACAGCAGCAGCAGAAGCAGCACCAAAAGAUGCAACUGCGCCAGAAGCAGCAGCUGCUGCCGCAGCAGCAAGCGCAGCUGCUGCAGCAGCAAGAGCAGCUGCUGCAGCAGCAAGAGUAG